UGUGGUGGGCUAGAAAAAUGAGUUAACGAAGACCGUUGGAUUCAAUUUGUGCGGUCCAGAUUAGUUGAUCCUUAAGCUCUGGACAUUAAGGUUUGGAGUGGAUCCAAUUCCUGCUUAAUCAAGCACAUACAACACCGUUCCAUUCUCACGCUCGCACAGACGACGACACAAUCUGAGACACUCUCUGUCUUCCAUCCACAGCAGCUUCGUUAGCUUUGGAGAGAGAUGGAGGAGGAGCGAGCGAGGAAGAAAUUACUGAUACUCUACGCCACCCAAACCGGAAACGCUUUAGAUGUCGCCGAGCGACUGGCCGCCAAGCCGAGCGCAGAGGCUGCCCCGUCCACCUCUCUCCCUCGACCAAUGCGACGCCAUAAGCAGUCCUCCUUUGCAUUCAAUUUUGUUCUUCUUCUGGUUAAAACAAUAAUUGCAUUACCUGAAGAAUAAUUUUCUAAUUUUUCUGUUUUACUCAGAGAUGCUUAGCUCAAGAGGGCACUGUAAUUUUUGUUGUUUCAACCACUGGCCAGGGAGAUACUCCUGAUCCCAUGAAGGGGUUUUGGAAAGAUCUUCUGCAGAAAAAUCUGAGUAGGCAAUGGCUGGACGGACUCCGUUACUCUGUUUUCGGAUUGGGUGAUUCCGGUUACCAGAAAUUCAAUAAGCUUGAUAGGAGACUUUUGGACCUUGGGGCAACCCCGAUUGUCGAAAGAGGUUUGGGAGACGAUCAGCACCCGUCAGGUACGAGGCUGCUCUGGAUCCGUGGAUGGCAUCAUUGUGGAAUAUGUGGAAUAAAAUCGAUCCCAACUACUUCCCCAAUGGCCCAGACUUUUUUAUUCCAUAUGAAAAUUUUAUGGCGAAACCAAAGAUUCGGAUUCUAUAUCACGACAUUGACAAGGUGGAUUCACAAGUUUCAUCUAAAUCAGGUUCUUCCUUGUUAGAUCGUGACUUCAGUUUAUUUUCGUUCUUGGAUCUUGCUGCUUCCCCUUUGGUUACCCUUAGUGGAAAAUCAGUGAUGAGUGUUGAGUACAACAAGGUUUUGUAGUGAGGAGGAUGCACUGACAGAUUGAACAUGACAGCUCCAAUUGUUCCUACACUUCUUAACCGUAAAAACUAUGAAAGUUGGAGUUCUCGGAUUGAGAGCUACUUGCUGGCCGAAGAUCUUUGGGACAUUGUCGAACACACCUAUGACUUUGAAAACGAGGCUUUGAGGAAGAAGGAUGUCAAAGCCUUAUAUGCAAUCAAGAAUUCUUGCGGGGAUGAUACGUAUAAACUUAUAAAGGACCUAGACUCGGCCAAAGACGCAUGGGAUACCUUGUCUGAAAAUUUUAAACUUGGAUAUAAUCGAUAUAAUCAAUCAUCAGAUGAAAUAGAUAAGAGGACAAUUCUUCAAGCGUAUCCGACUCCGACUCCGACUCCGACUGAUCGUGAUGCUAGGCCAGAGUUGGCAAUGGAAGAAGGGCACACUGGAGGACAUGAUGAGAGCAAUGCCAACAAUAUCCAUGAAACUUUCGUCAAAUAUGUGGGGUCUAAAGAUUGGGAUAAAGCGAUCAAGUUUCUUCGCCAACAUCGCCAGUUACGAAGUGCAAGAAUUUUUAACGGUACGGCCCUUCACUUCGCAGUCAAAAGGUUAAGCAAGUGCAGCGUGCGCAAUAUAGAAGAGUUGGUGGACUUAAUGGAAAAGGAAGACUUGGAAAUACAAGAUAUCCAUGGUUAUACAGCUCUGUAUCAUUUAGUAAGAGAAAAUCCAGAAAUGGUUGAAGUAGCCAAACGAAUGGUUGCAAAGAACCACAAUUUACUUACAAAUUUACCUGAUGAUGACACCCAGAACCCUCUAGUUAUCCACGCUGAGUGGAAGGAAAAAGGGGAAAGAAUGGCUCGCUAUCUCUAUUCCUUCACUCGUGAAACACUAAGAGUUGUCGAUGGUGCUGAACUCAUUUCUCUCGGUUUUCUUCGCAGGAGAUUUGAUAUUGUGUGGGAUUUGAUUCAACGUUACCCACAAUUGGCUGUGGCUAAAGACUACAAUGGGGAUAUUCCCUUAGCAACAUUGGCCAAUAACCGUUUAGCAUUUUUAAGUGGAAGCCGACUCAAUUUAUGGGAAAAAUUGAUCUAUUAUGGUAUACGCAUAAAACCUCUUCUUCCCAUUAAGGAAAGUGACCAGAGUGAUCAAAGGCAUCUCUCAAACCAAAAAGAGAAUCAAGGGCCUCUGUCAAACCAAAAUGAGAAUCAAAGGCAUCUCAAUUCCUCAGUAAUGGGUUUGUUCCGAGGACUAGUGACGAAUCUUCAAAAAAUUUUGGGAAUCAAUCAUAUAUAUGAGAUGAAAUUGAUGCACGAGCGGGUCCAACAGUUUCUACCUCUCAUGUGUAAAGCCACAAAAAAUACACAUGAAACUAAGGCCUUUAAGGCAGCACUGUGUGUUGCAGCAGAAUGAGGGCAUGUGGAGUAUAUUACUCAUUUCUGUAUAA